CAUCGAUAAUCCGAUUUUCGCUGAAAUAGUGUCGAAAUGCUCGAUUUUAAAUCGCAAACUUUCUAGCGAUCGAAAUAUGGGUUUUGCCGGAACGGGAUGUUACAGAUGCAUUCCAAAAUAAGGUGGGCGAUGUUGAAGGAAAGUUAGCUGGAUUUGAUGAAAAGCUAUAUGGAUUCGAUCAAAAGCUAGCAGGUGUCGACGAGGUGAAAAAUCAACUAAAUUUGCUGAUAGGGAUGAUGUCAGCAAAGAAGAAAGACGUAGCAACCAAUAGCGAAGAAAUGUCACUUGACGAUGACGAUAAUGGCGAGCCACCCAAUGGGGCAGUUUGGGAAACAAAUUCAUUAUUAUACCCGAGAAGCUUGAUAAAGAUAACACUGGAUCAUCAAAACACGAUGACUCGCAAGGGAGAGGAAAGUUAAAAGAAAUUGUGAUCGAUGCCAUAUCAAAAGAAAAACUUGAAUGGCUUGAUGAACGAAUAAGAGCUAUAGAAGGAACAGAGUCAUACGGGCCCACGGAUGCAUUGCAACUAUGUCUGGUUCCAAACGUGAUAAUACCUCACAAAUUCAAAAUGGCAGAGUUCGAAAAGUAUGAAGGUGCUACUUGCCCCCAGAAACCUCAUGGUUAUGUAUUGCAACAAGACGGCUAAUCAUAUUCGGGAUGAAAAAUUGAUGAUACAUUGCUUCCAGAAUAGCUUAAGUGGUCCAGCUCUAAGAUGGUAUAUGCAACUCGAAAGAUCAAAGGUGAAGAGAUGGCAAGAUCUGGCUGAUGCAUUCUUCAGACACUAUAAGCAUAACCAAGAUUUAGCUCUAGAUAGGGAGGAUUUGCGUAAUAUGGAAAAACAAGAGAAAGAAUCUUUCCGUGAAUACGCCCACAGGUGGCGCACAAAAGCUAUAGAUUGUCAAGAUCCUCUAUUAAAGAAAGAAAUGGUGUCAAUCUUCUUCGACACACUGAAGCCUCCCUACUACAACAACAUGGUAGGAAUUACCACGACUAACUUUGUUGAUCUGUUCAUUAUCGAUGAAAUGAUAGAAAAAGGGAUCAAGCAAGGAAAGAUGGAAAUACGAGAAGGCUCCGCGAGACUAAGGCGAAACAAGAGAAAGGAAGAAGAGGUAUAUUAAUCCCACAAAAAAAAGUAAAAGAGAAACCACGAAGAAACAAUUUUCAAAAGAAUCAAGCCCCAGUAUUGCGGCCUCCAAACUUCAUGAAAUCAACGAUCCAAAAUCCCACACCAGUACCACGACAAAGUGCCAAUCGAGAUUUUAGUAUCCCAAGGAAAGCAAAAAGGGUAUUUGACCCUAUCCCGGUCACGUAUACCGAACUCUUUCCUCGAUUACUCCAUGAUCGUCUAAUCAUUCCUAUUCCAGGCGAGACUGUGCAACCUCCAUUUCCAAGGUGGUAUAGGUUAGAUAAGCAUUACGACUACCAUUCCGGAGUCCAAGGGCAUUCAGUGGAAAAUUGGAACACUCUGAAGAUAAGGGUUCAAGACAUGGUGAACGUCGGAUGGUUGAAGUUUGAAUAAGAGGAGAUCGUUUAAAUGUCAACAACAACCCGCUGCAAACUCGUGGAAGUCAAUAAGCAUAACCCCAAAUAAAUGUCAAGAUAGUUCGCCACGAUAAAGAUGUAUCCCCUUUUGCUUUCAUCAUAAGAAAUAAAAGGUUAUUCACAUUUCUACCUUCUCGGAGCAUCUUGUGAUCAUUAUCAAUCUCGAUUUCGGAUUUCACAUCAAUGGUCCCUAUGUUUCCAAUUGAUAAAAGUCUAUUUCACAGAUUUUUACUUGAAUUUUCUGAAACAAAUCAUAAAUCAAUUUAUGUGUUCAAAUUAAGCCACAAGAUUAUCAUACCAAACAACUAUGAACACCCUACUGGUGUUGAGAGAUUAUGAACACCCUACUAGUGUUAAAAAUCUUGAACACCCCACUCUUGAUGAGAGUACAAAAAGCCAACUUAUGUUGAGAUCAUAAACACCCCACUGGUGUUUGUAAAUUGUGCGAGAUGAUAGUCAGGGGAUGUAGUGGGGAUACGACAUCAGGCUAUUUUUAGAAUCUUCUCACAUUUAGCCGAAUCUCGUCACCAAAAUAGUGUUUGAAAAACUAUCCAAUUAGCCCAGCCAUCAAGAGAGACACUCAUGUUAUCGGCCAUCAAAACAAAGUCAUAACCCUUUUGUGCUCGUGCCCAGAAACACAAAUUUCAGUUGAAGAGUUAAUGAAACACAUAGGGGGCAUAACAAAGUCAAGCAAGUCCCACAAACGUGAAAAAACAUUGUGGGACUUACAACUAGAUGCCCCUUUCUAUGUUAUCUGAAGUCAUAACUACUCGCAAAAAGUUAAGAUAUCUGCCAACCAAUAUCCAGGAAAAAAAACAAGCUCAAGCAAAAGCUUACGUGGUAAGAAAACCCAUGUAGUCACUACCACUACACAAAGGAACUCCUCAUCAUACCAUUCUGGGAUGAAGCAAGUAUUCAUUUGCUUCCUACUCAUUCUUGCGUCUCAAAACCAACAUUUCAAGAGAAGAGAGGCAAUACAAGCUAUAGAUACACUCUCUGGAAACCACCAAUAUUUCCAAGAAAAAGAUAGACUUCCUCGAUGAGAGAACCUACAAACCUUAUACGAAUCCCCUAUUUCCAUCAAUUAGCCACAUAUCUUUGGGGGCAAGCAAAAAUUUCCCGAAAAAAGUCUUAGUAUGGCCAAAAUCUCUCAAAGAUCUUCUUUGUAUCAUUGUAUCAACCCUGCAUUACAGGACAAUGAAAAUUUCAGGACAAGAAGAUCCUCACAUUCAAAAUCAACCAACAACCUCUUUUCAUUAAAAAUCAUAUACCUCCAUGACAAGACCGUAUGAAAAUCAUCUAAAUCAAUCACACAGAGCUCUUCUGCUGAGAAAAAACCUUAACCUCAAGCUCAUAUGACCGUCAACAUAGACAGAGUCAUCUCAUGGUGACAGGAUUCUUGAUAGUAGCCGAAGUGUUAAACUUAAAACAUCCAUAGGAAUGAGUGAAAGCGAAAAAUAGGUUAAGGAUGAGAGUGAGAGAUCAUGGAUAUUCUUAUGGCUCGAUUUGCACUCUUCUUGAAACAAAAACAAAUUUUGAGCAUUAUG